AUGACGUCCGAGCGGUUUCACAAAGCUGCACGAAACAGUGCCUUAGACAUUUUAAAAGAAGCAACAAAAAAGGAUUGUAACGCACGGGAUGAAGGAGGAGUGACCCCCACAUUAUGGGCAGCCUUUGAAGGUCAUAUAGAUGCUCUGAGACUGCUCGUCGCCAGAGGGGGCGACCCCGACAAAACCGAUUAUUUUGGUAACACAGCCCUCCACCUAGCAGCGGCAAGGGGUCAUGAGUAUUGCGUCAAGUUCCUCGUAAAUUUCGGCUGUAAUAUUUGGUCAUUGGACAUCGAUAGACAUUCUGCAAGAGAUUUAGCAGCUAUAAACGGUAGAGAAAUGACUCUUCAAUUUCUAGAUUUUGCUCAAGCUGAUCAGGAAUUAAACAAUCGCAAGAAAAGUCGGAUACUUCGGGAAAAGGCUGAAAAAGAUGCCGAGAAAAGGUUGAAGGAAUAUAUGAAGAAACAAAAAAUGGCAGAAAUUAGAGCUGAAAAGGAACAAAAGAAGCUGUCGAAAGAUCGAACGAAAUUGGAUUUAGCCACGGUUAACGAAACCGGCAUUCUACCUCAGAAACCCAGUAUGUUGACCUUCAAAGGUCGAGUGAAGCCUUCACUAACGUUCAGCGAUAUCGUGGGCACCACAACCAAGAAACACGGUAGUGCAGUCUGUAAGAAAGCUUUAGCGAAAAAAGCCGUUGACGAUUUCAAAGUGGUGGAGAUUGAAGUAAAUGGGAAAAAAUCGAUACGUAGCCUUACUGGUCUGAGAAGGGAUUCUGAAGUAAUGUAUGUAGGAACAUACGAGACACAAGCUCAACAAAUAGGAAAAAGGGGAAGAAUCUCGGAUGUUUGGAGUACAUUAAGCAAAGCACAAAGCACUCCCGACCUCUUAAGUGAUCGAAUCUUUGACGAGAAUAUGGAACAAAAUGAUAGAGAGGACACUAAUGAUAUGAGAGAUAAUACUUUCUUGCAAGAACCAGCGAGUAUUUUCAAUCGACCUGGUUUUGGGUCGACUGCUGUUUUCUAACUUUAGAUAACGACUACUUUCGAUAACCUACCCGUCUCGCAAAUGGAUGCACAUGAACAAAACGGUAACUCUUGCGUGAAUGGUUCUUUAAACGGAUCUCUAAAUGGUCAUAGAACCAGCUCAAAUGGGCAUAACGAAGAAAUCAGCAUAGGAAGUGCAGGUAGUUUAGCUCGCAGGCAAAGCAUGUGGGAUGAUGAUUUACUCUCAGAGGAAGAGACCGAUGAAGAAUGGACGCCAUUACAAAGAUUCUUAGUUGCCAAUAAUCUUUCAUCGAUACAUCCGAUUUUAGAAUCAGAACAAAUUGAUUUGGAAGCUUUAAUGCUACUAACUGAAACUGAUAUCGCAGCACUUAAGCUUCCACUUGGACCUAAAAGGAAAUUAAUGAAUGCGAUAGCUAACCGGAAAAGAGCAUUAGAUGCACCAGAAAAUGUUAUCAAAGAUAGUAGAUUGUAA